AUGGGUAUUUUGGAAACCUCACAAUGGCAAACACGCCAGGAUGGUCUUGAUAACCUCAUGUUAACCAAAGCUCCCCUUUCUUCACCUGGAAGUGGGGAAGUCCUCGUCGAAAUCAGAGCAGUGUCACUCAACUACCGAGAUCUUGAAGUUUCCCAAGGUCUAUAUAGCCACCACAAGGCCAUUGCGUCUGGUCAGCCAGACGCCCUGGUUCCUUGCUCCGACAUGUGCGGGGUGGUUGUUGCGAUUGGCGAAGGGGUCGCAUGGAAAAUCGGUGACCGUGUCGUUUCAACGUGGAACCAGGGUCACUUUACCGGGAGCAUCAACCCCUAUAUCAUGAAGACGGGUCUUGGUCUGCCACUGGAUGGAGUUUUGCAGACCCAUCGAGUGUUCCCGGCAGAUGCUCUUCUGAAGGCGCCAGAUUACAUGUCAGAUGAGGAAGCGUCUUGUUUGACAAUUGCCGCUGUCACAGCUUGGAUGGCAAUCAAUCAAUUCCGACCUCUUGGCCAGCCGGGAGGAAAGGGAGAGAUCGUUCUUCUCCAGGGCACAGGUGGAGUGAGUAUCAGCGGUUUGCAAAUCGCCCAUGCAGCGGGUGCUACCACGCUAAUCACAUCAUCCUCGGACUCCAAGUUGGCACGGGCAAAAGCUCUAGGGGCGAAUCAUGUCAUCAACUACAGAGAUGUACCCAGUUGGGACGAUGAGGUGAUGCAGAUUUCCAAUAAUCACGGAGCAGACAUCAUCUUCGAGACUGGCGGUGCCAAGACUAUCCGAAAAUCCUUCAACUCUGUCGCUUACGGCGGCAUGAUUGCAUGCAUUGGCUAUGUUUCUGGGAAGCAAGAUGAUGCUGACGAGAGGACCAACAUCAACGUCCUUGCGCUGUCGCGGACAGUCACUCUCAAAGGGAUCAUCAAUGGGCCAAAGGAUCGUUUUCAAGAAAUGCUCCGAUUUUAUGAGCAGCAUGAGAUACAUCCUGUCAUAGAUCGUGUCUUUGCUUUCGAGCAGGGUAGAGAUGCCUUUACAUAUCUUGAGGGAGGCUCCCACUUUGGCAAGGUUGUUAUUAAAGUGACGAGCUAG